UCCAACAAACGUUUACAUGGCGCUACUGCCUGAAAAGCCAAUCAGCAACGAUAUAUUUACAAAUCAUCCAAUCAUUACUCUCCUACGAGAACGCUGUUAGCGUCCUGGAGGUUCGUUGAUGUUACUCUUUUCCGACGUUAAUUUCUUAAUUUAUCAUUAUGUCAACCAGAUCCAGAAAGGAAACCUUUAAAAAAGGUGACAGAGUUUCAGCUCGCUGGGCUGGAAGCAAUGUCUAUUAUGAUGCAAAAAUUAUUGAUGUAACUACAAGAUCAUACAAAGUUCAGUAUGAUGAUGGAUCAGUUGCAUCUGUGAAAUUAACAGAAGUUAAGAAACUUCCUCAAUCCAAUAAGGAGUCGUCACCAAAAUCAUCCAAAUCUAAAUCUAGGAGCAGAAGUAGGUCUGCUGGGCGAACAACCCGAUCUAGAUCUCGUUCUCCUGCCAGAAGAGAAAAGAAGGUAUCUGCAACUAAAAAUGAAAAGAAAUCCAGUACAAAAGAGGAUAAGAAGAAGGUUGAAUCUUCAUCUUCUUCUAACAGUUUGUCAAAAGCGGAAACUGAUAGUUCUGUCAAACCUAUUUUGACACGCGAGAAGCUUGGAUUGCUCAAGCAAGAUACCUCUGACAUUUUGAGAUCACCAGUUAUAACAAUGAAUAGCUACUCAAAAGAAAUGAGCGUCACUAUGGAAAAGUACGAAAGUACAGCCACUUCCUCAGAGCGUUUGAGAUCUUCUAGGCUUGCAGCACUACGAUCUUCAGAGUCAUCUCGUGAUGCUGUCGACUCGAAACCAACUAUGGGAACCCGCAAUGCCAAAAUUGCAGACAAAGCUAAAUACUCUGAUGAUGAGGAGGAGGAGGAAGAAGAAGAAGAGGAGGAAGAAGUUGUAGUUCUCAAAACUGGAUUGUCCAAAAGUCGAAAAGCACUCUACUUCAUAAUUACAGCUCUUCGAAUUGUUUUGAUACCCGUAUCUCUCUUGUUUUUGGUGUUUGCAUGCACCAAAAAACAAUGCACAAUUCUUGAUGUUCCCCAGUUUUACUCAAGGUGGCGGGAUGUAUUAAAUGCUGUAAAAUAUCCUGCUGCUAGUAUUUUUGGUUUUCACUUCAUGAAUUGCAUUUUUUCAUUUGUUCCACUUGGGAAGAAAAUGACAGGAUUCUCUUUUGAAGCAAACAAGAAACCUUUAGAAUAUCGCCUGAAUGGUGUUUUUAUCUUGGUGUUGCAUGUUAUUGUAUUUGGCAUAUGUUCUUACUUUGGUCUGUACAUGAAUUGGGGAUAUGAUAAGUUCAAAGGGUUUGCAUUGAGCUCUGCUCUUUAUUGCAUUCUGUGGUCAUGUGUCUUGCAUAUUUAUUCUUUGAUUAAGGCUGAUGGGACAGCUCAAACCAAAAUUCCAAUUCUUGGGAAGUUUUAUAAUGGCUCUUACACAAACCCUAUGCUCUUUGGAAAGCUGGAUUUGAAAACAAGCUUCAUUCGAACUGGCUUAAUGGGAUUAGUAAUUCUGAAUUUAAGCAUUUUGUUGAAAUUAUUUUUGAUGAAAGGGUAUGUGACUAUACCUUUGGCAUUGACUUCUGGAAUGCAAAUAUUUUUUGUGUUUGAUUUAUUUGCAAGAGAGGAAAAGUUACUGAGCACUGCUACUUACACCAGUGACACUUUUGGCUAUGCCUUCAUUCUAACAACUGCCUUUUUGGUUCCGAUUGGCUUGGCUCUUCAAAAUGUGUACCUUUUUAAUUUUGAAGCAAGAUCCAGCUUCAUUCCACAUUAUUGUUCUGGAGCCAUUAUUGUUCUCUUCUUCAUUGGAUACUACAUUUACUUCACCUCCACCAAUUUGAAACAUAACUUCAGACGGAAUCCUUUCAGCCCAUCUCUUGCUAAUGUGACUUCUAUCCCAACUAGUAAGAAGAAACGACUUAUUGCUUCAGGUCUUUGGGGAAAAGUGCGUCAUCCAAAUUAUUUGGGACUUCUUAUUAUGGCAAUUGCAUGGACACUUCCUUGUGGAGUUUCCCAUGUGGUUCCAUAUGGACCCCUAAUCAUGCUGGCCAUUGCUCUCAUCAUAAGGAGCUAUCGUAUUGAAGCUGAAUGUAAGGAAAAGUAUGGGCCUGCAUGGAAUAAUUAUACCGACAAGGUACGAAGCCGUCUCAUACCAUAUGUGUUUUAAUUCCUCAGUCAUCUGUACCACAUCUUGUAUGUAUUUCACUUGCAUAUCUCAUGAUCACUAUAUCAUGUAAAAGUGAUUUUACCUUGAGGAAUAUCCUUAUAAAGGAUUAGCAUUUUGUAAUGCUACUAAGUUUUUUUAAAAAAUUUUUUUGUUCAUAGUACAUUUUGACAUUUUGCUCAGCGUUUAUAUGUUUUACAACAUAUUUACCAUGUAACAUAGUUAAUAUAUAUAUAUGUUUUUAAUCUGAUAUUCAUACUCAUUCAUUAAAUCGCACAUUUCAUUCAGAAGCACAUGGUCAUCUUUAAAAGAUUUCCCAUUUCAAAAGUUUUUAUCAUGCCAUGUGUGAAGGAAAGUUAUUUUUAUUUGAAUGCUAAGUUUUUUUUUUUUUUUUUAAUGACAAAAAUUAAUAUCUUAGUUGUGUGCAUAUAUAUCUUAAGAUCUUUUUAAAUGUUUCAGUAUUUAAAAAGUCUUAGCAGUAUUAAUAUUUUGCAUUUUUAUAUUCAAUUGGUUACUAAAUAUUUUUCUUAAUUUUACAGUUUAUGCAGUUGCAUGAAUUGUAAUAAGUGUAUUCUGGAAUUUUUAAAACAAAUGCAGUUAUUUAAAAAAGAUAGCAUAUAUUGUUUUUUUAGUGAUUUGUAUAUUGUAUUGCUUUUUGUGCUUAUAGAAUUUUUAUUGAUAUGAAUGAAUUUAAUUUAAACCAUAUUUUAUUUUUGUGGUAGAAAUUUUUAAAUGUGAAUUUCAUUUUGCAAAUUAUAAAAGUACCAUUACAUAUGGUAUUUAAAUUCUUUAAAGUGAAGUGACUAAAAGAGUGAAAUAUAAUUCAAACUUGUAUAUGAAAUUGUUUUAAUUUUUAUCUAUUCACAAUAUAUUUCUAUCUCAAAUUGACUAAUUAUUUAUGACAUUUUUAUUAUAAUGACCAAAAUGUUUACAGGAUGGUACCUGAUGUGUAUAUUUCUAAAACUAUUUAUUUUGGAAUUAUGAUAAUGCAUUUAUUUUCUAUUUUGUUUCAUUACGAUAUUGUACAAUGUAAUAAAUAAUUGCUUGAAAAAUGUUCUGAAAAACAAAUGUUGCGAUUAAAAAUUUCUUUUAUGUGUUAUUGUGUUGUGGAAAAAGUAAAAGGCAAUUAGAAAAAAUAUAUACAGUAAAAUUUAUUAAUGUCUUUAAGUUGAAAUGACUUCUGUGAUGAAUAAAGCAUUGUGAUUUUUCAACAUGGAAGGCUAACAGUUUUAUAUGUACUUAAUACAAGACAAAGAAAUGGAAAUGACUUGUUAUUAUUUUUAUAAAUUAUUAUUUUAUUCAGUGCAAAAGCCAUAUUAUUAUUUGUAUUUCACAUUUCUUAAUUUUUUUUGACAUUUUAUAUAUUAUUUAUGUUUUUCAAAUUUGAUUAAAAACAGUUACCAGGAACAAUAGGUAAACAAUUUUUAUGCUGUUCUUUCAAUUGCUAUAGAAUAUCGAAAAAAAUGUUUACCUUAUUUUUAAUUUCUUUAUUCUUAGUUCAUUUUUUCUCCAAGCAAUGUUAAAAUCAUUUGCAAUAUUCAUAAAACUAUUAUUACAAUUUUUUUCUCUUCAAAUAUUUAUUUUAUUGUUUAUUUUAAAAAGUGCUUUGUAAUUAAAUUAAAAUUUAACAUUUUAUGUACUUUAUUAGCAUGAUCAGUUAUGCAAAGCAAUUUUUCAUGAAUGUUUUUAUUUUGAACUUUCUACUUUGUAAAUUAGCUUAAGAAUAAUGUCUUGAAGCUAAAUAAAACUUGUUUUAUUGAGGCAACAGAUCCUUCACACAAUUUU